AUGCCUGCGCAAGUCGUUGCUGUACAGUCCGCGCGAUGGAGUUUUGUGAUGUACGCCAUUAUCGUUUUUUCUUUUUUUGGUUUCACGACAGAAGCAAAGAAGAGCUACCGUGCUGUGGCAGGCUUUCUUACUAGCUGCUUUAGUAUCUUCGCGGUCUUCAAAGGUCGAAGAAUGAGGCAACAACGUUUUCUUGAUCGUCGCAUAUCCGUACACACUCCCAAAAUAUCAAAGCGUCAUCCACAUACAGUAUCAACUUUCGACAGUCUGCAAAGUACAUCACGCCACUCAUGCUCACCUGAACUGUCCGAUCCGCAAAUGGGAUCUAAUCUGGGCCUACGUACCGAUACUACAGACUCUCCGGAGGACGACGGAGGUGCACAGUAUGCGCACUUCGAGAUGUCGGUACUCGAGCAUCCUGAACCCGUAAUGGACAUUGUAUCCGUUUUACGUCGCCACCCAUCCGAUACAAACCCGGUUUGA